AUGGGCAAGAAUGAGAUUCUUAAGAUGGAAAGUAGCUGCUCUGAUGAGAAAAAGGUUGAUGUCAAUUCCACUGAAAAUGAAGUAGAGGAGGAGGAGGAGGAGGAGGAAGAAACAACAUUGUCACUGUGUGAUUUUCCAAUCAAUGAAGAGAGUCAAUCUGUUAAACAUGAAGCUGAAGCCAAUGAACCCCAGGAAGACUUCAAUUUUGGCUCAUGGGGUGGCUCUGUUUUGACAGAAACCGAAAUGUGUGCCGCCGACGAGGUCUUCUUUCAGGGACAAAUUCUUCCGCUACGUCACUCCGUCAGUUCCGAGAGCGGCUUCGCCGGAAUCGGAAAUGAUAGCCGGAACUUUAGCCGGUGCGUUUCAAGGGCUGAGUCUGUGGGUCGUUGUUAUUCAGGUGGGUCUAGCAGUUACAGCAGCAGAAGUAGUAGUAUUAAUAGCCGCAAUUCAUCAAACAGUUGCAGUGCAUUAACUAGCAAACCGUACAAACCAAGAAGAAAUCGAAACCAGUUUCAUUCCCACCCAAGUCCAACACCCCAGAUUCGGUUUUCAAGUGCCCGCCAUGGCAAUUUCAAUAAUUUCAGUCACCAUAGUCAGCAGUCGAUGAUUUGGAGCUUUCUCCGGUUGGGUUUAGUACAAAAACCAGAGAUCGCAUCAUUAGACCUCAAGCUUCGUAGCAACAACCAGAACAAUAAUCAGCGUUACAGUACAAAAAAUAGGAUUAUAAACAGCAAGAACAACAGGAUUAACGACGGCGACAACAACAAGAUGAAGAAUAUCUUGAACAUUGAGAAGAAACCGAAGCAAGGGUUCUUCGAUAGAAACGGGGCGUUAUGCGGUGGUUGCAAGUGUUCGAUUAAUGCAGUUGAAACUGUUCCUUCAAGAAUUAGUACAAUUAAGAGCGGUGUUACUAUGACUGAGGCACAAGCAAAAGAAGAGAAAGAGGAAGCAAUGACGAAGACGACAAAGGUUUGUCGAGGAAAGCAAUCCAUGUCGCGUCAUCGAACGUCUGAAUGGUUAAAGCAGCUUUCACUUGAAAGUGGACCUGAUGGAGGAAAGAUUCAAGGACAAUUCACGCAUGUUUGA